GGAAGCUAUACGCAUCUCUCUCUCUCUCUCUCUCUCUCUCUCUCUCUCUCUCCCAGAAUGAAGACAGGUGUAUUGUCCCUUCCUGCAAAACUCAUGGCUCUUAUCGUUCUAGUUGUGCUACUUCUUCAUCAAACUUGCAGUGCUAAGGAUUCAAAUCGGGACUGUGUUCCUUCUUCCUGCGGCAAUAUCACCAACAUAAGCUCCCCAUUUCGAUUGGAAGACGAUCCUCCACACUGCGGCAACCCAAGCUUUACCCUGUCAUGCGAUCAGCACAACCAAACCGUGUUAUACUUGAUGUCCGUAGAACACUACGUACAGGAAAUCAAUUACACUUCCAAAACAAUCAGAGUUGUAAACUCCGGUAUUCAAAAGGAUAAUUACUCCUUCAUCCCUCGUUAUUCCGGUUUUUUGGCCAAUACUCCAUAUUAUCGGCCGUAUUUCAGAGAAACCAUGGCUUUGUUGAACUGUGAAAAGCGAGUGAAUUCCCCAGGAUAUCUGAACAAAUCUACUUGCUUUGACAAUAGAACCUAUGCUUCCAACUCAUCUUCAUCCCAGCCUGAGGCCGGGUUUAGAUAUGUGAUAUAUAACCAGAUGAAAGCAGGGGAUGUGGAGGACUUGUGCCAAGUAGAGCAUAUAUUCCAGACAUCGUGGCCAUCAGUCCGCAAUCUGCUACCAGAAGACCCAAGUAGUAUUUCCUGCACAGACUUGCGCAACCUAUUGCUAUACGGUUUUGAGCUUUAUUGGAUGAAUCCCGAUUGUGGAAAUUGCGGCAUCUUCGAGUUUCGCGAAUACCGUUAUUGCUGUAAAAGACAUACGGGAAUCCUUGGAAUACCAUUUUGGGUUUACACAGCUUUACGUGGCAUACUAGAAGAUUUGUAUGAGCCUGGUAAGGUUAAUUUCUUUCUCCAAAAGUUGCUGGAAUGUGUUGUAUUAAUGUUGUUGUUUUGGCGGACUGAGUCCGAGGAGUAA